AUGUACAAUCCUGAUGACAGUACGAACAUGGAUUGGUUCGGCAAUUCCAGCCCUACAACAUCUCCCACAGCCUUCUACCAGCCUGACAAGUCCUCGAUCAAUGACGAAAUCCACGCCCAGGAGUCUUCCGCAGCUGGCGAAGCACCGACUGGAGAAGAAGUAGUUCACGCCGCAGACGACAGCUCAUCAACCGCAGAUGAAAGCGCAGCACCCACCAUCGACGAAGAAUGGGCGUACCUUACCACCCUCACCAUACCCGACCACACCCAGACGCCAAUCCAAGACAUCCCCAUAAUCAACACAUUCACCACCGCCUACCAAAACAGCUACCUCAACCCCACCACUCCAAACACAACCCGCAUGAUCCACGCCAACCGCCUCACCUUCACCCUCCUAAACCACUACUACCCCGCCUCGCAAGGCUACACCAUCGCCAAAACAACACUCGGUCCCAUCGCCCACCACGGAAUAAACUUCCUCCUCAAGUCCCCCGAAGAGCCAGACUCUGACCCGGAUACCCCACCCAAAGCCCCGCAGAAGAAGAAGAAAGCAGCCAAACCCGCGGCGCACUACUCGUUCGCUGCGGACUGGCACGCUAUCGAACCGGAUGAUAUAUCAGCCCUUGUUGUUAUGCAGCACGGCAGACCGCUCACGUACCUCGCUAUCGCUAUCGAUGAUCUAGCUACCUUCCACCGCUGGUCCCGCGCUAAUGUCGUGCAUCGUGCGGAUAUCCUGACGUAUGCACUGGGUGUGCGCGCCGGUGUCAGCGAGGGGUAUGGCAUUCUACUUUUCGGGCCAAGGGUGGAGGUGUAUGACUACACGGCUGCGGAUGGCGAGCGGCCUAUGACGCCUUUGCGGGGUGGGGAGUGGUGUGUGGAUCUUAGGGAG